UGAUCAAUACCAACACCCCUCUACGCGGCAUUGAUCAACCCGCGCGUUGUGGCGAUCAUUGCAUUCAACCUUUCGGUAGCAAAGUGAGAUAGGAGCGUAAUAAUAUUAUACAGAUCACAGUAAAAAAGAUGAAGAGGCGAGUUGAGCUGGAAAUGCGGGGCAGGAAGCCCGAGGAGAUACUGGACCUAAAUCUGGAUAAUUGUCGCUCCACAAGCAUAGAAGGCCUUACAAGUGAUUUUGUCAAUUUGGAAUCCCUUAGUUUAAUCAAUGUUGGUCUCACAUCAUUGAAAAAAUUUCCAAAGUUAACAAACUUGAAAAAGUUGGAACUUAGUGAUAACAGAAUUUCAUGUGGUUUGGAAAAUCUGAGUGAAUGCACAAAUUUGACAUAUCUGAAUCUUAGUGGGAACAAAAUAAAAGAUAUUAGCACAUUAGAAGCUUUGCAGGGUAUGCCAAACUUGAAAAACCUUGAUUUAUUCAACUGUGAGGUCACUAACUUAGAAAACUACAGAGAAGAAGUAUUCAGAUUACUACCCAAGCUACAGUAUCUUGAUGGCUAUGACAAGGAUGAUAAAGAGGCUGAGGAAGAUGAUGAUGAAGAAGAUGGUGAAGUUGAAGGUGAGGAUGAAGAUGACGAAGAUGAUGAUGACGGAGAAGUGGAAGUAACAGGCCAGGUGGUCUAUGAAGAUGAUGAUGAUGACGAAGAUGAAGAAAAUGUAGAAGAUGAAGAUGACGAUGAUGAUGAAGAAGAUGGUGAGGAAGAAGAGGAUGAGGAAGGAGUAGAGGACGAAGAAGAUGAGGAAGACGACGAGGUUGGUCUGGACUACCUUGAAAAAGAAGAUUUGGAAGAUGACAGUGAAGGUGAAGACUUUGCACCAGGGGCAGAUGAUGAUGAUGAUGAAGUGGAAGUUGAAGAAGAUGGUAAGAGUGAUUUCUUUAUUGAUUUAUUAAUUUUUCUUGGGUUUUGUUUAUAUUUCUGUGAAUUGGCAUCUGAUUGGAAUUGGUGUUGUUGAAAUCAUAUUUAGAAA